AUGGCAGGGUGUGAAGUUGUUAAAGCAGCUGGUUUCGUUAUAUUUAGAAGACAACCUGCCUUAGAGUAUUUACUGAUGCAAGCAUCUUAUGGAAUACAUCACUGGACUCCUCCUAAAGGUCAUGUUGAACAGGGUGAAGAUCUGUUGCAAACAGCAUAUCGUGAAACCGAAGAGGAAGCUGGACUUUCUAAAAAUGAUCUCUUGCUGACAAAUUACUCAGAAACUAUAAACUAUGAGGUAAACAGUAAACCGAAGGCAGUGACAUACUAUCUCGCUGAACUAUCUGAUGGCGCGUCGAUUAAACUGUCUAAUGAACACCAAGACUACAAAUGGGCCAACUUGGAAGAUGCGUGUAAGCUUGUCAACUUCCCCGAAAUGCAAAAAGUCUUACGGAACUGUGACACCUUUCUGCUGUCGAAGAAAUGA